AUGUCUUUAGGAUAUCCAAUUGGUAGUGCUCUAAGCGGUGUUUUAUUAACAUGGAUUGGAUAUUAUGGUAUAUUCUCUUUAUCGGCUUUACUAUAUUUGUUUAGUUUAAUCUAUGGAUACUUCUACCUGGAAGACUCAAAAAAGAAGACCACUGAAUCGAAACACAAAGGAUGUGUGAGUUUUAUUUUUGAAUUUUUCGAUUUCAAACUAGUAAUGGAAACUUUUAAAGUAGCUUUUCGCAAGGGAUCUGAUAACAGAAGACUACGAGUGUGUCUGCUUCUAAUAGUCGUAUGCGUAGUAUUUGGACCAUCACAAGGUGAAUUCAGCGUAUUGUAUCUGUUUACUAGGUAUAGGUUUAAUUGGGACGAGGUCCAGUACAGUAUGUGGAUGACUUAUUGUAUUGUAACAAACUUAAUUGGAACCGUGUUUUCAAUAAGUCUGUUCAGUAAUUAUUUAAAAUUGGAUGACACACUUUUGGGAAUUAUAUCGUGUACGAGUAAAAUCAUAGCAUCAUUUGCGUACGCUUUCGCCAGGAAUAAUUUAGAAAUAUAUUUAGCUCCGCUUCUGGAAAUAUUAAACGGUACAUCUUUUAUUGCAAUGAGGUCCAUAGCCUCGAAGCUCGUUAGUGGGCAGGAAUUUGGUAAAGUCAAUUCGUUGUUUGGAUUAGCUGAAGCAAUGACACCCCUAGUCUAUGGACCUUUGUACUCCAGGACAUACAUGGCGACUCUUAACGUUUUGCCGGGAGCUGUAUUUCUGCUCGGAGCUUUACUAACUCUGCCAGCUAUCGCAAUAUUUGGAUGGCUUUAUUUCGAGCACCAAAAGGACAAACGAAUAGUGACUCAAAACUCAUUAGAUGAGGAAAAGAAU